AUGAAAAACGGAGAACAUAAGCGUUGUUUAGUAUGUGAUGAUGUUGCAAUCGGUAUCAACUUUGGCGUACCAACAUGUAUGCCAUGUAAAGCAUUUUUUCGACGUCACGCAAGUAAACAAGGUACCAGUAAAUUUAUUUGUGAAGAUGUUGGCAAUUGUGUAAUAACGUAUAAAUAUCGUCGUGUGUGCAAUGGUUGUCGUUUGGCAAAAUGUUUUCAUGUUGGAAUGAAAAAAUCAUUAAUUCUUUCGAAUGAUGAACGUGAAGCUCGAAAUAAACUCGUGGCCAUCAAUCGACUGAAGCGUGGAAAAGUUCCUAAAGAGGAAACCAUAGUAUGGAUGCAACCACCAUUAUUACUUCAUGUGAAACAGAAUCCCUGUCAACAUCUGUCUCCCGGUGACCAAGUUGUUCUAGCCAAUAUAUUUUAUGCCUACGAAAAUACUUGCAUAGCGGCCAAAAAUACUCGAUUUCAGUCAUUCCCUUCGAUUGCGCAUACUUCAAUACAUAAAUUGCUCAACGAACUCUCCCCAAUGUUCGAGAUAUUCAUUGAAUAUUUGAAACUAAUACCAGAAUUUAACAAUCUACUUAUUCAAGACAAAAUACGAAUAAUGCGAAAUCAUUUUGGCAAUAUGAUCAAUAUUAAUCAACCUUUGAUGUAUUCUGUAACUCCCACUAAUCUUCUUGUAACAUAUACAAAUGUAUUCAAUACUUAUAUUACUAACUGUCUGUUAAAACGUAACCAAAUAGUUAAUCAGUUUAUGUUUGACCCUAUUGUAUUAAGAGUUCUUCUUAUUAUUGUUGUGCUUUCAAGUGGGAACUGCAGAAGCAUAGACGAUAUGGAUAUGGAUCUAGUUUGUGAUGACACAUUAUCGAUAUUUUCUGCUCAGAAUAUUUAUGUUGAACUGCUAUGGCGAUAUAUCUUAUCACGUUCAUCAAAUGAAAGAACUGUAGUGACGUUUUUCAAUAGAUUACUGAUGUAUAUAUUUCAUGUACAAAAUAUUGGCAUGCGCAUCGACAAUUAUAUGAAUAGAUUUACGCAAGAAAUCGAACUAAUGGAACCUAUGGUGCAAAGUAUGUGGCCAAGAAAGCGCAACGACGAAAAUAUGAAUGUUUCAAAUACCGGUUAG